GGGCCGCCGCGAGCUCGCACGCACACACACCUCCCGCCCCCCGCUGCCGGACGGUUUCGGGGCCCACGGCGCGCCUUGUCCCGCGGAGGGGGGUCCCCUCCUCCGCGAGGGGCGGGUCUCUACCCCCACCCGGGACGCGGGGGGGAUGACGCACGUCCGGCGCGGUGCGCGUGUCAGUGUGUCUGUCUCCAGCUGCCGGCGUGGGCCCGUGCUCGGUUCCCCGCCCCUGGGCUGCCCGGUGCGAGGCCCGCCCGCCGCGCGGAGGCGCCGGGCCCCGUCAGGCGCUCCCCGCGGCCAUGCCCGCCGGCGUGCCGUGGCCCACCUACCUGCGGGCGCUGGCGGCCGCCAUGCUGGCCAUGUUCGCCGGCGCCGAGGUCGUGCACAGGUACUACGGGCCUGACCUGAGUAUACCUGAAAUACCUCCUAAGCCUGGAGAACUGAAAACAGAACUGUUGGGUCUUAAAGCAAGAUCAAGUAAAGCUCAAACUUCACAAGAGUGACCAGAAUUUACUUACAUUGUGAAAACUAGAACUGAUAAAAUAUUUGUUCAACUGUCUCAACUGCAGAAAUCCACAUGUACUGCACUCCCUUAAUCCUUUUUUUCUUUUAAGGAGAGUUACAGGCAGCAUUAAAAAUAAAUGUACAACAAAUACUGUGGUUAAAAUCCAAUCGGUUGCGUGCUGAAAUGCUCACAAUUUCUUAAUCUUGCUUGCAGUGUAAGCACCCCUUAGAAUAAAAGAUGCAAACUCA